UAUCGUACAGCACACGCCACAAGACCUUGAGGAAUCCCCCGACACUUGUACUCAGUGUCACACCACGUGAGGAAGGGGUGAAUGUCGACGCUAAACCUCCUGAACAAUGUAGCAGUCAGCGGAUUGUACAGUAAUACAUUCUACUGUAAUAUAAAGAGGAGUGUUUACUGUGUAGAAAGCAGCAACACCAGCUCAGGAUGGGACCAAUGCCACAGCUCUCCCAGGGACCAUAUGUAGCUGUUCCCAUGGUUCCCAUGGACGACACUGAUGGAAAGAGGAAUAAUGAAACUAAUGCACUUGUCAGAGCAGUUAAUCUAAAAGUUUAUCAGCUGUGUCAGAAAUUAAUAGAAGAUGGUGAAGAUGUUAAAUACAUAAAUGAAAAAGAUGGGUCAACACUGCUUCAUAUUUUGGCUGAGAAAUACUCCAAAAGAGAAACCAGAGCUCAGAAUAUACCUUCUCUCCUACUACAGCAUGGAGCAGAUGUAAAUGCUAUGAACAAGAAAAGAGAAACCCCUCUCCAUAUUGCAGCAAGAGAGGGUCUUACUGACUUUUGUGCCGUCUUGUUGGAACAUCAAGCUAAAGUAGACAUAAAAAAUAUGAACCAAAUGACGCCUUUACAUUUCGCUGCUCAAAAAGGGGAACUUGACACUUUGAAUUUACUGAUACAAAAAGGAGCUAAUCCCAAUAUUAAAGACAACCAAAAAUACCUUCCACUUCACUAUGCUGCUGAAUGUGGUUAUCAUGAGUGUUGCAAGGUGCUUGCUUCUUUUUACUCUGUUGGUAGAACUCAAGACAGGCAAGAUAUUCCACCUGUUAUGUUGGCAGCAAGGAAAGGUCAUUAUCGAUGCUAUAAAGAAAUGGUUGAUGCUAAAGCCAACAUGAAUCUCGACUACAAAGAUGGUGUAGGCAAUACAGCACUUCACAUAACAGCAAAGUUAGGAUUUGAAAAGUUUGUUGACUUACUCCUUGAAACAGGUGCUCCUCCAGACAUACAAAACAAUGUUGGGAACACACCAGUAAUGGAAGCUGUCAUAAAAAAUAAAGUAAAUUGUGUAAAGGAACUGAUAGAGAAUGGAGCUGUAGUUAGUAUCAAGAAUAAUGCUAAACGCAGUGUUCUUCAUUUGGCUGUUGCAAAAAAGGCAGAUGAAUGCAUGGAAUACUUGCUAACUAUUGACAGAGUAAAGGACAUAUUAAAUGAAAAAGAUAAUGAUGGCUUUACAGCUCUUUUCAUUGCAGUAAAGAAACACAGUGAAAACUGUGCAGUUUUACUUUUGAAUGCUGGUGCAUCACCUUCAGUUAAAUCCCAACACAAGUUAUGUCUUCUCCAUCUUGCUGCAGAGAAUUCUAAACCAAUAUUUCUAGAAAAGCUUCUAGCAAUGCGUGUGUUUGAUGUAAAUGUCACCAACAAAGAUAAUGAGACUCCCUUACAUAUGGCAGCCCGUGCAGGUUCCAGGGAGGCAUGCCAAAUGCUUUUCUGGAAGGGUGCUCAAGUAAAUGCUGUAGACAAAAAUGGUAAGACAGCCUUGCACAUAGGUGCUUAUCAUGGCCACUCUAGCAUAAUCAGGCUACUCAUAAAGAAUGGUGCAAAUAAACGUGCUAAAGAUGAUAGCAAUUCUACAGCCUUACACGCUGCUGCAGCUAAGGGAAAUACAGAGUGUUGUGAAAUACUGACUGAUGCUGAUAAGUCACUCUAUAAAGAACAAGACAGGAGUAAAAAAUAUGCUCUAGAUAUUGCUUUUCUUAAGGGCCAUUAUGAGGUCUUUAAGCUUCUGCUACAAAAAUUGCCGUAUAGAAAUAUCGACAAAAUGCCACAAGAUCUGCAAGAGCAUCUCCACUCCUACACACAUAAAGCACUCAAAGAUAGAAAAAAGACAGGUGUGGAAGCCAUUGUGGAGAGUAAGUGGUGGGCAGCAGGAUUUGGUGGCACCAAAAAGCAUGAAGGAGUUCCAUGUCCUAACUUCAGAGAUCUUAUAAAACUUUACCCAUUCCUUGCUUUGAAAGUGAUGGAUAAUUGUACUUCAGCAUCUGACACCACAACCAGUUCAACCUACUAUGAUUUCAGAAUAUUUGAGGAUAAUUAUUGCAUCACUGAAGGUAAAAAUGAUUUAGGCACUAGCCAAACAAGUCCGUUUGAUCCUAAAACUUGGAAAGUGCUAGCCUCUGCUAAAGAGUUGAUAUCAGAUACACUGGUAUGGAAGCAAGAGCAUCCUGUGAGAAUCAUGGUACAGCACAGAUGCUUAGAUCUUCUUCAACAUUCCCUAACUGAGGCAUGGAUCCAGUAUAAGUGGGGAUCAUAUGCCAGGCUCCUGUUUACAGUACUUUUUGCACUUAAGGCUAUCUCAGUUGUCAUCCUUGUCAGCUUUAUGAUAAAUGUCAAGAACUGGAAGCAUAUAACAGACAAAUACAAUAUGUCAGAAGAAACGUUCUGUGAUGCAGUUCUGAAGUCUCCCACAGUUUUGUCAGAGGUCAAGGCGGCAAACACAACAGAGGACACAACUGAAUCUCUGACUAUAAGAUCAACAAAUGAAGCUUCUGAGUGGAAUCCAACUCCAUCUCAUAUAAGUCAUAGCUUUCUGCUUUUUUCACUGGUCCUACAAGUCUUCUUGGAAAUAAACAGUGCAAUGAAGCUGAAGUGGCAUUAUCUUCAUAGCAAUUUCAUUUUUGUACGACUCCUGUGCAUAGUGUUAACAGCCAUGUUGCUCAUCCCAACCUCCUACUGUGAUUUCAUGCUUGGCAUCAAAAAGGUUUCUGUAGCACACGCCAUUUGGAACUGGAAGCAUAUAACAGACAAAUACAAUAUGUCAGAAGAAACGUUCUGUGAUGCAGUUCUGAAGUCUCCCACAGUUUUGUCAGAGGUCAAGGCGGCAAACACAACAGAGGACACAACUGAAUCUCUGACUAUAAGAUCAACAAAUGAAGCUUCUGAGUGGAAUCCAACUCCAUCUCAUAUAAAUAUUCAUUCUUUUUUUAGGAACUGGAAGCAUAUAACAGACAAAUACAAUAUGUCAGAAGAAACGUUCUGUGAUGCAGUUCUGAAGUCUCCCACAGUUUUGUCAGAGGCCAAGGCGGCAAACACAACAGAGGACACAACUGAAUCUCUGACUAUAAGAUCAACAAAUGAAGCUUCUGAGUGGAAUCCAACUCCAUCUCAUAUAAGUCAUAGCUUUCUGCUUUUUUCACUGGUCCUACAAGUCUUCUUGGAAAUAAACAGUGCAAUGAAGCUGAAGUGGCAUUAUCUUCAUAGCAAUUUAAUUUUUGUACGACUCCCGUGCAUAGUGUUAACAGCCAUGUUGCUCAUCCCAACCUCCUACUGUGAUUUCAUGCUUGGCAUCAAAAUGGUACCAAUUUGGCAGUGUGGUAUACUGGCUCUUCUUAUGGCAUGGAUUCAACUCAUUCAAAUCAUCAAUAAAUUGCCACAGUGUUCAGUUUUCACAAUCAGUACGUGGGAUUUCAUAAAAUGUUACCUCAAAGGUUUGAUGUACAUUGGAAUGGUGAUAUUACUCUUUGCCCUGAUCUUUUAUUUGCUCUUACAAGAUAAUCGUGCCUUUAAAUCGAUUCCACAAUCAUUUAUGAAGACUGUAGUCUGGAUGUUGGGCGACCUUGGAUAUGAUGAUACCUUUAUCCAGGAACCACUUUCUUAUCCAGUCCUUGUCAAUGUACUCUUCUUUGUGUUUAUCUGCACAAUUGGGGCUUUCAUUGUUACAUUAGUAAAAGCUCCAUCAUCAAAUGAAAAGGAAGUUGAAUUGUUUAAAAAAGCUGCACUAGCAAAUUAUCUUCUAAAUCUUGACGUUUGCUUUCCAUGGUUUAAAAGAAAACAUGCUGUGGGAAUGUAUAAUGUUAGUAAUAGGAAGCCAUGGAUAAUACAAAAGAUACAGCAUUGUAUUAAACCUAAGGAAUCAUUGGUAGUGAGCAAAUUAUCACAACAUAUUGAUAAAGUUACUUUAAUGAAUACUAAUAAAUUCAAGCAAGACAAUACCAAACACUGGAUUGUAUCAAAGACAGAAAAGUUAUUUAGAUUUUUCAGUAAUUAUUCUAAUGAAGGUGCAAAUAUUGCAUUGCCUGAUCUCCAACAAGAGCAUUUACAGGCACAAACUAAAAAGCUUGACCAAUUGCUUGCUCUUUGUAAUCAGUUAAAUGAAAAUUACCGUAAGCAAAAUGAGCAGAUACUAGAGAUGAAACAACAGUUAGAUAAUAUGAAGCAAAGAUCAAGAUACAGCACGAGCCCACUAAGUUUUCCUUAACAUACAAUACAGUGGGUGGGUUGUGGACAAAAAACAAACAAGGAACUUCAGGUACAUGUACAUAAUCUACUGAAUAUAAGCAGGCUUUUUUAUCUUCAGUUAUUAGUGUAACUACCAAAGUCUAGUUACAGGAUGAGAGCUACGCUCGUGGUGUCCUGUCUUCCAGCACUCUGUCAUAUAAUGCUUUGAAAUUUCUGACCGUUUUGGCUUCCACCACCUUCUCACCUAACUUGUUCCAACCGUCUAC